ACAGCUAAAGAGCGGAAGGGUUUUGGUCGCGAGUCGCACCCGCCGCCGUGGUCGCAUCGCACGCAAACUUUCGAGUCUCGAGAGAGGCGACGAAGAGAGCGAGGGCGAGGGCAAUAGGGCUUGGAGGAUGGGCGCUGGGGAAGGAGAGGCAGCUGGGAGCAAGGAGAAGAGCAGCGGCGUCGCCCGGACGUCCCUGGACGGCCUGCGGGACAAGAACGUGAUGCAGCUCAAGAAGCUCAACAUGGCGCUCUUCCCCGUCCGCUACAACGACAAAUACUACCAGGACGCCAUCGCCUCCAAGGACUUCUCCAAGCUCGCUUACUAUAGUGAUAUAUGUGUUGGAGCAAUCGCUUGUCGCCUGGAGAAGAAGGAAGGAGGGGUCGUCCGUGUUUAUAUCAUGACUCUGGGUGUAUUGGCGCCCUACCGUGGUCUUGGUCUUGGAACAAAGCUGCUGAACCAUGUUUUUGAUCUCUGUGCGAAGCAGAACAUCUCGGAGAUAUACUUACACGUUCAGACAAACAACGACGAUGCCAUUGCUUUCUACAAGAAGUUUGGUUUCGAAAUAACAGAGACGAUACAUAAUUACUAUACGAACAUCACUCCGCCAGAUUGCUAUGUUCUUACCAAAUUUAUCGGCCAGGUUGCUACAAAGAAAUGAGCAGACACCGUCCCUGCUCUUGUGACAGAGUUAUGAUCUUGUUGCAGUUUGUUCUUCAUUUUCGUUGAGGUUUAACAUUAGUUUGAGAACACGAUUACCUUGGCUGCAUCACUGAGACAUCAUUUUUACAUUGACUGUGUUCUUUAUCCCA